UGGGCAGGAGCCGAGCUGGGCAUAAAGGGCAGCGCUGUGAGGACCUCGCACAGCCUCCUCCAGACCCCAGUAACCUGCCGGUAGCUGAUCCCUGGAGAUGAAGGUACUGUUCCUGACCAUCAUUCUCAGCCUGAUCACAGCCCUGCAGGCCCAGGACCCUCUGCUCUUCCCCUUGGAGAAAGAGAAUGUGAGCCCAGGGAAGGGCGGGGAGAGAGGUAUAGGGGAAAUGUGGUGACUACCUGUUGGCCAGCAGUGACCAGGGGCCUUGUAUUAGGAGGUGUCAUUCAAGGUCGUAGUUCUGACCCUGUGCUCCCUGCAGAGCAUGGUCAGAGGAGCAGGAGGCUCUGUUCUUGUGUCUUCAGACAGGCCUCCUCAUUGGGCCCAGAGGCUGAAGCAGGGGAGUGGGUUCAGCAUAGGGACUGUUGAUCUGACACCUUGGGAACCCAGAGGCACUGAGGACCCUGUGGAGUAGAGACUCAUCCAGGGCCAGGGCACAGUCCCAGCAGAGAAGAGAUUCAUGGGUCAAAGACCCCCUGCCUCUGUUUAGGGCAGGGAGCCCUGAGUGCUGGGCUUGUUCUAACAGAGCCCAGGGUGUGGAUGUGUGGGACCCAGCCAGCCUUUGGAGGACAGCAGCUGGGGUGCUGGGGAUGUCUGGUGAUGGCUGCAGCCCAUGCACCGGGGAUCGGGGUAGUGGGGAUCGGAGGAGAUUCUGGGCCGUGUCUGUGCUGGACUCACAGCCCCCGCCCUGCUCAGUUCAUAGGGAUGUGGUAUGUGAAUGCCAUGGUGGCUGGCAAGGACCUGCCUAAGGAGAAGCGGCCCAAGAAGAUGUCCCCCUUGACAGUCACUGCCCUGGAUGGUGGAGACUUGGAGGCCACGGUCACCUUCAUGAAAGGGGACCAGUGCCACGAGAAGAGAGUUGUGAUACACCAAACUGAGGAGCCUGGCAGAUACAGCGCCCAUGGGGGCAAGACACACGUGUACAUCCUGGACUUGCCAGUGAAGGACCACCACAUCUUUUACUGUGAGAGCCAGCUCAGAGGGAAAGCAAUCCGCAAGGGAAAACUCGUGGGUAAGAGGCUGCUGUCACAGGUCCUCAGAGAUCCGCCUCUCUUGACCCAACCCCACAGGCUCUGCAGCUAGAAGCGAGUGGAACUGGCUUCAGUCCUGAUUCUGGGGAAUAUGAACACCCUGCUUCUGUCUUUGGGGGCCUGGCACAAUUUGCUGCCCUGGGGUUAUCA